UAUGAGGCACGCGAGCACACACUUUGCUCCACUUCAGUUCCGCAGCCAUUGAAGCAGCAGGUGAGCUUAACCCCAUGGUCGCUCCCACACUUUAGAGAGAGAGGGUAGAGAGAGAGAGAGAGAGAGAGAGAGAAAGAAAAAUGGUUCUGCUUCAGCUGUCGAGAAUCCACACAUCCCUCUUCAUCAACUCAGCUUCGCUACAAACCCAUUUCAAUCUUUUCGCAAAGCCUGCCACUUUAAAACCCAUCCUCACCUCUGCACUUCUAUCUGUACCCAAAUCCACCCUCUCAGCCACAGAACCCACACCCAUUUCUUAUACCGAGCAAACAACGAACGCCGUCGAAACACCUGAAGAUUUCGACACCCACAUCGAAAUCUCGCUCGAGAAACUGUUUGUGCCUCCGGAAACCGACGUUUCAUUCGGUGAUGAUAAUGGUGCUUCGCAGAGCACGAGAAUCUUGAAGGGCUCGAAUAUUGUUCUGAGCAAGUAUGCGAGGGACGCUCAGGUGGUGGAAGCAGAGUUUGUCAAGAGCAGUGUGAGGACUGAGGAUUGCCCCGCCGAUGGCCUACCUGAGUUUGCGCUCGUUGGUCGCUCUAAUGUCGGCAAGUCCUCGCUGCUUAACUCGCUUGUGCGCCGUAAGCGCCUGGCUUUAACAUCUAAGAAACCCGGUAAGACACAAUGCAUCAAUCAUUUUCGGAUCAAUGAUAGCUGGUACCUGGUGGAUUUGCCUGGAUAUGGGUAUGCAGCUGCACCACAGGAACUUCGAACAGAUUGGAACAAGUUUACUAAAGACUAUUUCUUAAAUCGGUCAACAUUGGUUUCCAUGUUCCUUCUCAUAGAUGCUAGCAUUCCUGCCAAAAGUAUUGAUCUUGAAUACGCUAGUUGGCUGGGCCAAAAUCAGAUACCCAUGACAUUAGUCUUCACCAAAUGCGACAAACGGAAGAAGAAGAAAAAUGGAGGAAAAAGGCCAGAAGAAAAUGUGAAUGAUUUUCAGGAGUUGGUGCGAGGAUUCUUCAACACAGCACCACCAUGGAUUAUGACCAGCAGUGUCACCAAUCAGGGCCGUGAUGAGAUACUACUGCAUAUGGCCCAGUUGCGGAACUACUGGCUCAAGCACUAAGAAAAUUUAACCCAUACCUUUGUGCACAAAUAAGUGCACAAGGAAACAUUAGAAAUGUUGGAUUUUGACUUAAGAUAGCUAUCGGCUACGGUAAUAAACUGGUGAAUGAAUGAGCUUCAAGGUUGAAGAGAAAAACAUGGAGAGUUGAAAUGAUUUAGAAGGCGAGAGUUGGAGACGAUAGCUUGGUUUUACGUACAGAGAGAAGUACAAUGCUGGGUUGCUAGGAGUUUUGUUCUUGUGGAGGUUAAGUUCAUACUGGUUAUUUACAUAUUUGUUUAAAAGUAAAUAUACUUUGCUUAGAGUUCCCACACAAAUGAAGAGCUUCAAGGCUUUCUACUUGUACUUUAAAUUUUAUUACGAUCUAAAAUAUAUAUAUAUAUAUAUAUAUAUAUAUUUCGAUCUAGUUUGUAUCAUUAAUUUAUUUAUGAAACUCGUUAAACAUUUUUUUA